AUGGUUCGUUCAGAGGAAGAGAGCAUGUCACAUCGGAUCCACCACCGUUGAUAAAUAGUUUUUUUUUUAAUUUUCCGUGGAGUGUCACCGUCUCUCUCUCAUGGUUCUCCAAGUUGUAAUUUAUUCACGAUAUUCAGUGUUGGGUCUAAAGUUUUUGAUAUUCUGGGAAACAUGAAGCAUGCCCAGAAUGCCGCCAAGUAGUUUCAUGGGUGGGAGACGUACGACCGGUCCAAAUCGUCUUGAAGUACUGAUGGCGACUCGGGCCCCUUGCCUGCAUUCUAUAAGUACGGGGGGCGACCGCUCUGAGCUGACCAGUUCAGACUGGGGCCCACCCGAUGGUAUCUCCUCCUGACAUUGGUCGUUCCCCUUAUUGGGUUGGGAUGAAUAAUGGGCCCAAUAUAGGCUUGGCCAUUGGGCCCACUUAAUUAAAAGCGGGGAUGGGUAGGAAGAGGGAGAGGAAAGUCCCCUUAUUGGGCCAGCUUCUACGUCACGGGUUGGUUCAACCAUCAAGACUUCGCGCCACACCGCAAACGUCCCCAUCUAGAAUUUAGUGACUAAUUACUUAAUUAUGAGGGGGUUCUAUAGAAAAUACCUUGGUGGCGCCGCGUGUCCGGCGUAGGCAGACGAGCGCGAUAUUCCAACCGACGCCGCGGCUCACCCGGCCUGCUCCCGCUCCCUCUUCUUGUGCGCCUCUCCCUUCUCUUCAACCCCCCAACCUGUUCUCCUCUGAUUCAUCUUCUCUCGCUCUCUCUUUCUCUCUCUUUCGGACUUCAGCUUCUCCUCCUCCGGGACAUGGAGAGAAGAGUGGAAGAUUUGGCAGGCAGCGGCAGAGAGGGCAUGGCUUCACGAGGUGUAGAGGUACAAUCCUGCAGAGGGCAAUCUCUCUCUCUCUCUCUGCAUCUAUCUAUGUAUGUAUCUAUCUUGGUCAUAGUAGCUGAUGGUCGAUGGCAGGCAACCUUGGAGAAGAAGUACGGAGGGAUUAGGCCCAAGAAGAAGCCUCUGAUCUCGAAGGUUCGUGGGUGGGGUGGCAUUCAGGGAGGGUACUGAGGAAAAGAUCUAGUGAAUGGUGUAGAAAGACCAAGCUGAAUACUAACCGUUUCAUCUGUGGUGCAAGGGGCUGCAGGGUAGCGGGAGGGUCUUCUUUGAUUCCGCUGACUGGGCUCUUUGCCAGGUAAGCCUACUUGGUCGUUCCAUGGGCAGGCUCUGGCCGAGGUUUCUAACAGGGAACUCAUCGUCCACUGUGUUUUGGGGGCAAGAGCAGGGAGAGGACACGCGAGCCGCGGUGGAGACAUUGCGGCCCAAAUUGCAGGUACUCAUUCUGGUCCUGAAACCUUCACGGCCCAAAUUGUGAUGGCACUGAUGGGCCUUUCAUGUGGACGCUGGCUUCCAGCCCACGCCUCACCAGCGGCUGCCCCCGCGGAGGCCCGCAUGCAGGUCCGUCAGGGAUGAUAAGGUGAUGAAGUAGGGUGAGCUACUCACAUUCAGAAAUACCAGGGAUCAAUUGUACUAAUCGAACUGCCGCUGGGCGGGCUGAAUAGGUAGGCUGUCUUGGAGCCCACACAGACAUGAAGAUUCAUCUGGAAGGUGGUGGUUGGUGGUCCUACAGAAACAUUGCCAGAACAAGCACACACUGUUCAUUGAUAUGAAACCACCCCCCCCUCUCUCUCUCUCUCUCUCUCUCUCUCUCUCUCUCUCUCUCUCUCUCUCUCUCUACAUGCACAUUUUGAUACUAUUUUUGGGCUGUUUAGACAUCGGAUAGUAAACUUUAGUUUCUAUAUGGACGUUGUCAACACGAGGACUCCAAUAAAACAGUUCUAUAUGCCAUGA